GAUUCCGCCGCUCUCCGCCGGCGUGCCCACCCAGGGCCUUCUCAAUGGGAAUCUACGCCGCCGUGCUCAGGACGAAGCAGCGGCUGCGGGAACUCUUCUGUGCAAAUAGUCAAUCAGGGUCUUCCGAAGAUGCGUUUGAGAAACUCCCCGUGGACGUCAUGCACCAUAUAUAUUCUCUCCUGCCACUGCGAGAUGCUGCUCGUGCCGCCUGCGUCUCCCAUGGAUUUCUGCUUUUCUGGAGAUGCUAUUCCAACCUUACAUUCAACGUGUCAACACUUGGGUUGGCUCGCAAGAAAUCCGAGGAUUGGGGAAUCUUUCUCAUCGAUAUAGUUGACCGCAUUCUUAGGAACCAUUCUGGGAAUGGGGUGGAGACACUCGAUCUGUGCCUCCUAUCUUGCGAAAAUAUUGACCCUUCCUACCUGGACAGAUGGCUGCAGAUUGCUGUUCGUUUGGGGAUCAAAGAACUUAAGUUGGAGAUGUCUAACUUCAUGAAGAAAAAGUACAGCUUCCCAUGUUCGGUUCUGUCUGAUGAUGCAGCUGCAAGUUCGAUUCGGUCUCUUUGCCUCAGCGCUUGCGUCUUUCGUCCCACAACAACACUUGGCUGCUUGAGAAGACUGAACGCAUUAUCCCUGUUUUCUGUCCAGAUUACUGAUGAGGGAUUAGGGCACUUGCUCUCGAAAUCUUUCGCCUUGCAGCAGUUAUUUAUCUUCGGAUGCAAUGCGAUAACAUGUGUGAAGAUACCUUCCAUGCUGCAGCAACUCAAGCUCCUCACUAUUAAAUUGUGUGAGAAGCUGCAGGUGGUAGAGAUCAAUGCUCCAAGGCUCUCCUCUUUUCACUUUGAUGGAGCGCUAGUAAAAAUCUCGGUUGUGGAUCCUUCACCGCUUAGGGAUGUCUAUUUUUCAUCCCCCCGUCAGUCCCGCAUGCUGUCUUAUGCUCGUACGAGGCUUCCAUCCAUCACACGAAAUGUUAGGUGCCUGACCCUGGUGUCUUCUGAUGAGGUAUGCAUUGGGUUUUUACAGGUUAUUCUGUAUAAACAUAUAAAGUGGAUGGUUAUGAUACAAUAGUUUCCAUCUGAACAGUCUAAACUCUUUAAUCCAAUUUCAUAAUUCUUCAUACAAUGGUUUGGAAUUUCUUGACCCGUUCUAUGCUUAUUGUCUCAUAAUUACUCCCAAGUCACUGUAUAACUGAGAAUCAUCGUUCUUGAAUAAAUUUUUACGUAUUAUUUCAGUAUUUCUUCUUUCGAAAAAAUCAUGGUAUUAAUCCUUGAGAUGUGCACAUCAUCUGAAAUUAUCAACAACAUUUUCUGAUUUUAGGUCUAACUGUACAGUGCUUGGUAUAAGGGCUUAUAUAUUUUGUGCUUUUGUAAUAUUUUAAAUUUAAUAUAAAUUAUCCUUUCAUAUAAGAGAUGUCACAUUUACAUGUUU